AUGGCACUCUGCAGGUAUGUACUGCUUUCGAGUGUUCUCGUUGCCGGCCGAGCUGCAGUUGGGGCUAUGGACUUGCACGAGCAGAGUUUGAUGGAGGCAGUGUCUCCCCUCCGUGGUGGUAUGUCCGUGAAUGAGGUGAAAUUGACCCCAGUUCCCGCGGAGAUCCUGCACACCCCACAGUUCUCAAGUUUACUGAGUGCCUACACUGAGGACACGGCACUGGAGAGGGCACUAGGGGAAUGCCGUCUUUGGAUCGACGUUAACCGAUACAAAACAGACGAGGCAAUUGCUCAAUCCCCCUGGCUGGCACCAGAGACUAUCAAGGACAGGGAAUUGAGGGACUUUGUCUCCUCUCUUCCCAACAAUCCGGGGCCUAACGCAAUACGUGGGCAGUGUGCGAAUCUGAACAAACGGUUUGGGUGGAGUCCCAGGAGGAGCCUCGCGUCUUUGGAGACGCCUUUGUUUUUUGCCAUAUGUACGGAGGCGCCAUGGUUUGCAGAGAUCGAAGUUAUAAAAGUGGAUGCCGAUGAAGCAAACGAAUUUAACAGGGGCCAUCUUCACCUGCACGUGAAGUACACCUCGCAGCUGCCUGCCGCCUUCUCCUCCAAAAUGCCCUCUACAAUUCCCGUGGCUCCCUCCCAGAUACUGAUCCCUGCAGGUCAUGACAGCGCUGGACCCUUAAUUUCAGGUGAAAAGGCUACAGUUUUCUGUCUGCAAAAGGGCCAGCCGUUACUAUUGUCGAGGCACGCGGAGAACGAAACGGCUCAUUUGGAGUUCCUCCCUGGACCGUGGUCCGUAGAGGUGGAUGUGGAACUUUACGCCGACGUGUCUAGGCCAAUGGGCGUCGGAGCCCGCCUGCGCCUGCGAGAUAACGUGGCAAUUACGAUCCCGCCCUCUCGCUUGCUACCCAUUACGACUGAGGGAAUAAAAGCUGAGCAGUGGCUGCUGCUGGAGCUUGCAGAACUGCAUGCGCAGCAGCAGCGGCAAAGCAGAGCAACGGAUGCACGAGAAACCCAUGAGCUGGACAGGAUGGAACUGUGGGAUAAACUCCAGCGAGAAAGAGCAUUGGAGGCUUUUGCACCUCGCCAAUGCCGCCUAAAGAGGGGCGAGAGGUUCGGUGACCCUGUGGAACUUGACUGCCUACCCGACAUAAGAGGACAACGCAAAAGAGAACUGGUGAUGGACGGAUUGGACGUGGUCCGUCGUGGGGUGAUCGGUCUCGUGUUGGCCAUGAUUCCAACUUUGGGGCUAAAUGCGGCGUUUCAUUCUCUCAUUCGGUCUAACGACAGAUUUGUGCAGCGGGCAGAGAAGGCAGCGCCGGAGCUGUCUAUUUUCAACUUGAAAAGAGAGUGUAGGGUGUCAUUCCCUGUCGGGGUGUCGGGGAGAUCCAAAGAAGCAAAGAAAUCAACGGAUAUUGCCUUGCGCGGGUGGGACCCCAAGCAAAUGGAGUUGCUUGAUACAAUUGCCUCUGAAAUGCUCCAGUUGUACGCGAAAGGGGGGAAAGACCGCAGGAAGCACAGGACUGAAGGUGCGAUCACCUUCAUAGAAAGUGACGACAGGCUCGUCAUCUACGUCCCAGUGACCACACUAAGCAACAAACGACGCAUCACGCUAGGUUUGCUGUUCCAGAGCGAGGCAGAACUGAUAUUCACGUUUGAGGACGUGGGAGGACACUUCCGCCCUUUUCACAAAGUGCUGAGUAUGCAAGGGGAAACUUCUGGGGUAAACGGGCAGCAAGGCAUUGCACGGGCAGCAAGGGAUGCUCAUCCUUCCCAAGGCAUAAGGGAGAACCCAACUGACGAGACAGUUCGUAAGGCAGAGCAGACAGCUGGCAAAGAGACCAGUGCUCCAGAGGCAGCGACGCAGGAUAACACCGGUCACGAGGGAGCAGAGCCAGCGGAUGGAAGCACUGGUGGUCAGCCGUCGAAAGUAGCAACUGCCAGCGUCGGUGCACAGGUAAAGAAGAUAGGGGACCUGGGUGUGCCAGCCGUGGCAAAUGACAAGCACGGCUCAGAAAAAGAGGGUGGGGAAGGACGCAUAACUUACUUACAGCUGCUCUGGCAGAAGGUAGGGGAGCCGCAGCACCGUGAGUUGAAGCGCACUGCAGUUGGAAACAUCGUGUGGGACGUUUGGCUGUCUGCGGCGUUUCUGCUCAUGGCGUACCUCACUACUAAAUUAGUGGGGUCUGUUAAUGGACGAACUGUGGCAGACAUGCUCAGAGAAAGGAGGAGCCUUCGUUUGUCCUCUUUAAGAGCCGGCGAGAUUGACGUCACCGCUUCAUUCAGUAGUGAAUCACACACGCAUGAGGCGAGCUUCGAUAUGAACUUGGGCAUGGACGAAGAUACAACUGUGGCAGAGGGAAUAGAAACAAAUGAUAUGUUGAAGGCGACACCUUGA